CUCGUGUCUGGUGCAUGUUGUCUCAUUCAUUGUCUGUGUGUGCCAGCCACCUGUCCCACCCAAUGUCCCCCGUCCAUUCAUCCAUCCAUCCAUCCACCGAUGCAAUCUGUACCAGCAUGCGCCUGACGAUGGACAGAUUGCGGAUUGAGUGGAUUGAUUGGCCCCCUCUCACCCCCCCGUAUCGCGUAAGGAAUCCGCGUUGCAGCGCGCCCCUUUUCGGCGGCACAUGCAAACACCGAAACACAACGCAACACGCACACAGCCGACUGACUGACUGUCUGACUGGUCGUAAGUGCCAACAACGAAAAGGGAAAAGUGACAGUCGUGUGUUUGGCCUUUACAUCCAGGCAGACGAGGAAAGAAACACAGACAAUCGCAUGCGCAGACGAGAGCGACACAAAUAAGUCUGCCAGGUCACUUCGGCAGGAGAGAAAAAUAACAGACUACACGAUGUGUGCUCUAUCUUCUGGUACAAAUCAACACGAACGAAUGCAAAGAGCUUACCACCCCCUCCAUGUGAAAUGCACGACACGACACAACACAACACAACACAACGCGACGCGACACAUCACACAGGGGGGAGGGAUAUGCCCACCACGUUUAUAGGCGCCCCUCUCCCCCACGCCGACAGCCUGAAAGCCACACACAUGGACACAUUGAGUGACUGGACUGGCCCGGCGUGUGUGUGGCCAACCAAUUGUGUGUCUGUACUCACAAUAGCAACGGGGGCCAGGGCCGCCUACGUUGCACUGCCAACCACCGGGUAUGAACCCAGGUCUGCAGCAUGCGUAGCCGUCGGGGCAGUCAUUGUUAUUAACACAAACAGUAGCGGCGCCUGCACACAUCACGGGCGGGAGGGAAGGGGGGAGGCAGAGACGAUGACGCCCGCGCGUGCAUUUAGGGGCUUACAGGUGCCGUCUCUGCAGAUAUCGGAAUGGCAGUCGUCAUUGUCUUGGCACCCCUCGCCAACAUCAUUCAGAUUUCCGGGAGGGCGGCAUCGGCGCUGCACGCAGCUGUACACACGUACAUACACACCAAUGCCCCACACACAUGAAAGCAUUCACACACGCAUCACCAUGUCUCCCUUUCCCCCUCCUCCAUUGUCUCGUUUGUCUGGCCCUACUUCUCCGAGCAGCAGUCUGAAUUCCUGUUGCAACUAAAGUGCGGGUUGUUGUCGUGAAUGCAUUCACCAGUGUCCCAAUCAUUGCCGGGAUCAUCAUCGGGCCUUUCACCUGCACACAGCACAGGAGGGAUUGAGAUGGCGAAGGGUGAUCCGUGUGACAUGUGUGUGCAUUGGGAAACUUACAGGUGCCGUCUUCGCACUUGUCGGAAUAGCAGUCGUUAUCGUAUCGGCACCCCUCGCCAAUCUGCUGCAGAUCUCCGGGUUCACGGCACUGGCCAUUCACACAGCUGCACACACACAUACACGCCCACCAAGGCCCCCCACACAUAGGCAUCCACAUACAUACAGACCUCUCCCCUCCCUCUUGCUUACUUUUCCGAGCAGCAGUCUGACGUCCUCUCGCACCUUCUGCCGAAAUGGUCAGGAAUGCAGUCUCGUGGUGGGCUCCCCGUUGGUCCCUCUCCUCCCUCACGCCGACAGCCUGAAAGCCACACACAUGGACACAUUGAGUGACUGGACUGGCCCGGCGUGUGUGUGGCCAACCAAUUGUGUCUGUACUCACAAUAGCAACGGGGGCCAGCGCCGCCUGGGACAGCGCCGCCUACGCACUGCCAAGCACCCCACUCAGCUCCGCAGCAUGCGUAGCCGUCGGGGCAGCCAUUGUCAUUAACACAACGGGUAGCGUCGUCGCCAGCGCCUGCACAAAUCACAUGCGGGAUGGAAGGGCGAUUCGUAUGUGUGUGCAUUUGGGGGCUUACAUGUGCCGUCUUCGCAGUCGUCGGAAUAGCAGUCGUUAUCGUAUCUGCAUCCCUCGCCAACAUCAUUCAGGUCUCCAGGCCUACGGCACUGGCCAUCCACACAGCUGCACCAUGCCCACCAAGGCCCCACACAUAGGCAUCCACAUCAGACCUCUCCCCUUCCUCCCGCUUACUUUUCCGAGCAGCAGUCUGACGUCCUCUCACACCUCUUGUCGGCAUAGUCAGCAAUGCAGUCUCGUGGUGGUCUCCCCGUUUGUCUUUCCGUUGGUCUCUGUCCUGGUCCUGAUGGCUGCUCAGGGACGGCCAAGAAAGUCUCAUCGCCUCCGUCAAUCACGUCACCGUCGACCUGCGUGUGCUGUGUCACACCGUUGGCUUCCUGUGCGGCCGCGAAGGCAAGCAUGCCCAGAGCCGCAAAAAACAAGAAGAGCCUCAUGCCAGC